AUGAAGAUUCUCACCAAGGAAGAAGAAGCCGAGCAUUACAAUGCCACUUUGAAAGGUGGUAUUACCGGAGGUCUCAUUGGUCUCGCGCUGGGCGGAUCAGCACUCUACGUAGCUAACCGUCGAUUCCACACCAUUCGCAGCCUCACCAUUCCUAUGAAAAGUUUCCUCGUCUCAUCAUCCGGCACCUUCGCCGCCAUCAUAAGCGCAGACCGCGCAUCUCGCGCGUACGAGUGGAACCGCGAUCCCUCGCGAAAGUACAAAGAUAAAUCAACACUCCUGCUCGAACAAGAAAAGGCCAAUGAGACAACUGCCCAGCGUCUGAAGGCAUGGGGAAAAGAAAACAGAUACUCGAUUGUGGCUGCAUCGUGGGUGGCUAGUAUGGGAAUAGCGUUUGGGAUUGUAUCAAGAAACAAAUAUUUGACCGGAGCUCAGAAAUUGGUACAAGCAAGAGUUUAUGCGCAGGGUUUAACGCUGGCGGUAUUGGUUGCAUCGGCGGCAUUUGAAAUGGGAGAUGCGAAGAAGGGAACAGGAAGGUGGGAAACAGUCAUGGUGCUAGAUCCGAAUGAUCCGGAACAUAAGCAUUUGAUCCAGAAGAAGAUUCACCACGAAGCUUAUGAGGGAGAAGAUUUAUGGCGUGAUAUGGUAGAAGCGGAGGAGCGCCGAAUAAAUGAUCGCAAGAGGAUAGCGGGAGAAAUUCAACGCUCUAAGGGCAAAGGAAACAAAGAAGAAAAGAACCAAAGUUAA